AUGGAGUAUGAUGACCCAUCACUUACCCACAGCUUCCCGUUCCCCAAGAUUUACCAAUUCCCUCCCUUCUUCACACGACAGGUAAACGAACGAACAUGGCACUCUCAGCUAGUCAAUUGGAAUUCUCUGAUUCUGGCAUAUUGCCGGUAUUAUAGAAUCUUUACUCUCGACCUUAGCCGAACUUCAGAUACUCUUCAAGCCGCGUCCAACCUUUCAGCGCCACCAAACACUUCAACUACAAACAGUAGCUCUACAAAUAAUAGCAACAGCAACAGUAAAAAUAAGCCUCGCGGCGAAAUAGACGGCGAGCUCUUUUGGAACCGCAAAAUCAAUAGGUCCCUUCAAACAGAAACCAUACAAGCCAUUUUCCAAUACAUGGUUUUACAUGGGAAUGCUGCUUGGUUAGAUCAGCCAGCGCCAAGCAACAAUUCUAAAUCAACCCAAUCUUACGACGAUUUUGACAAUCUCGAAUACGAGCAACAAUUUGACCGAUUUGAGCAGAUAUUUAACAACUUUUCGCUACUAGGGAAUAGCAAUAGCAAUAACAACAACAACACUAACAACAAUAACAAAACAUGUAUCCUUGUGUACUGGAUGCAACCCCAAGAGUGGGCAUCUCUAAUUAGUGACUGGGUUGAUAAUACAGGUCAAAAUGGAAGUGUUUUGACACUUUAUGAACUGGUUGAAGGCGAAACCUCCGGAAGCCAACCUUUCAAAGGUCUCCAUCCUGCAAUUUUAAGGGCUGCCAUUGACAUUUUAGUUCAACGAGGCAAGGCUGUCAUCAUGAAGGGUCCUGAUGGCCGAGUAGCUGGUGUAAAGGUACUGUGA